GGUUUUUAUUCUUGUUUUCUUUUUUUUUACAAUUUCCAAACGGUACAAUAAAUUGAAAAGUAAUUGACAAAAUGACGGAGAAACAACGAGUACUCAUGGUUUGUUUAGGGAACAUUUGUCGCUCCCCAAUCGCAGAUGCUGUAUUUGCAAGGACCGUUCAAGAAAAAGGAAUCGAUGAUAAGUGGGACGUGGAUAGUGCAGCUUUGAUCGGAUAUCACACUGGCAACAAUCCUGAUCAUCGAGCUAGGGAAACAUUAAAAAAUAAAGGAAUCGCUAAUUAUUCUCAUAAAGCUAGACCGAUAAAGACAGAUGAUUUUAAUAAAUUCGACUGGAUCUUUGGUAUGGAUGAGAGCAAUAUUUCUGAACUUAAUAAGAAGAAGCCUCGUGGAAGUAAAGCCAAAAUUGAACUUCUUGGAAAAUAUGAUCCCCAAGGAGAAACUAUUAUAGUGGAUCCAUAUUAUGAUUGCGAUAACGAUGGUUUUUAUAAAGUUUAUGAACAGUGUAAGAGAAGCGUUGAAGCAUUUUUACAUCAGCAACAAAGUUAGCCUCUUGAAAUUUUAAAAUUGGAUCAAAACACGAGACUUUCGAUCCUCAUCAAAAUAAGUAAUAAGCCUUUUUUAUAAUAAACCAGUGUUGUACAUA